GGUGUGUGUGUGUGUGUGUGUGUGUGUGUGUGUGUGUGUGUGUGUGUGACAGAAGAGAGACGAGUCUGAAGAAACCAGGAAAAGUUCGCCAAGCAGCUCCGCGGAUCUUGUGUUUGUUUCCUUCGCUCUUUCACAGUCUGGACGCAGAACGGAGACAGACGCCCGAGUGAGGAGAGAAUGAAGACCGGAUCCGCGAGCAGAUUGUGUGCGUUUUGGUGUUGUGUGUUUGCUGUCCUGCACUUAACAGCAGCUGAGGAAGCAGAGAAGCCGGCGGCAGGACGACAGUCUCGUCAGGCAGAGGAGGAGGCGCUUGAAGGGGUGUGGGGACCAUGGAGCGAGUGGGUGGAGUGUUCUCAGAGCUGUGGAGUGGGCGUGUCCGAGAGGCGGAGACAGUGUAUGCCGCCGCCCCAAACCCCGCCUCUUAUGUGGAACAGACCGGCUUACCUUCCACCGGGUGUCCCGAACAACACCCCUGUGAUCUCUGCGGUCAGACCCUACUAAUCUCCUUACUUUCCCCCGCCUCUUCCAGCCAAUCCCAAUCCUGGCUUACCGCUCUACCGAAACGAAGCCGGCGGUGCUGGGCCAGUGCAGUUCGGCCCACCCAAUCAAGAGACAGCUUCAGUCUACCGUUCACCUUCCUCAUCAGCUUCACUUCCCUACGGGAGAGUUCCCGCACGGUCGCCCAAUCACGGCAGAGUUGUAGGCAGUGGGAGCAGGAGGUCGGUUUCCAACAACAGGGAUCCAGCGUCUAUAAGAAGGUCUAGUUCUUCUAUUCGUCCUGGACAGUUUGGGUAUGGCAGGGUGCCGUUCUCUCUUCCCUUACACAGACAAAACCGUCAUGCGCGACACACACGCCGCCACAACACCACCAUCACAGACAGUCUCGAGGCUCUCAGUGUGAACUCCAGCACACAUGUGGACAAAACACAGGGAGAAGAGGGACUAGUUAUUACAGACACUAUUAAUAGAGAACGAAAAGAGAAGGAAAAGGAGACGGAGGCAGCAGACGUGGAGAGUGAUGUGGCAGCCGAGAGAACAAGUGAUGGAGAGCCGCACAGACGCGUGGAGAGAGUGCGGGAACACGAGCGAAUCUCACAUUCACAGCCCCUGACCCAGAGACACGUGGCCCGCGACAGACGCAUCGACGGCCGCUCUUCUCGCCAAGUCCCACACUCCUACACGCACUCUAUCCACCGAUCGCACACUCCCAGAGAGCCUCCUCCCUACGGCCUCCAGACUCCCACAAACCCAAACCCUGAGCCCUGGGUCCUGCAGAACGCUGCCCAGCCCUCCAGAAACGAAGCCGAGAGGGACCGGAGGCCUCCAGCGGCCGCCAACGACUACAGAUGCUCUGGACCGGACAGAGAGUACCGCAGGUGCAGCCUACAGGCAUGUCCAGGUGCUCCAGUAAGCUCCAGGGCUGAACAGUGUGCAGCGUUCAACAAUCAAGAGUUUAUGGGACGCGUGUAUGACUGGGAGCCUUUCACAGAAGUGGGUCUGGAGCAGCAGUGUGAGCUGACCUGUCGACCGGUCGGGUAUCGUUUCUACGUGCGGCAGGCGGAGAGGGUACGAGAUGGAACGCCCUGCGCAAAUAACACACCCAACGAUGUGUGUGUGGGAGGACGCUGUCUGAGCGAGGGCUGUGAUGGUGUGUUGGGCUCAGGGUUGGUUCGGGAUCGCUGUGGCGUGUGCGGCGGGGGAGACGGCACCUGUGAGAGGGUCACUGGAAGUUUCCUAAACACGAGCGUCCCGCUGGGCUACCACAGAAUCCUGGACAUCCCGCCUGGGGCCACGGCCAUCAACAUCACUGAGAGACGAGCCAGUCCCAACUAUCUGGCCCUGCGCAGUGGAACAGGUCAGUCUGUGGUGAACGGACGCUGGGCGGUCGAUCCACCGGGAGAGUAUCAGGCAGGAGGAACCACCUUCCUCUACAGCCGACCCAAAGCUGGUCCUCAAGAGCAGGGAGAAGAGAGAGGAGAAACCCUCAGCGCUCCUGGACCCACAACAGCCCAGCUGCAGCUAUACAUUAUUUUCCACCGGCAGAAUCCAGGCAUAGACUAUGAAUAUUACAUCCCAGUGGAGAAACAGAGGGACGGAGAGAGAGAAAUACACAGAGAGAGAGAGCGAGGACAGGCGGCGCUCCGAGAAAUCAGUGGCGUGUCAGUGGCAGUCGAGAAUCCUGUUGCUCCUCCGCCUUUGUCAUCUUCUGCCUUCUCAUCUUCCUCCUCAUCUUCCUCUGUAUCUGAUCGAUGGCCACCAGAGAGGCCCCGCCCACAGGGCCUAGGACCCAAUCGUAAUGCUCGGAUCCCUCCAAGAACAGACCUCCCAUUGGACAAUCAGCCUGUGUUUGUGUGGCGAAGAGGCGCGCUGACAGAAUGCACGGCUACCUGUGGAAAAGGCUCUCAGUACAGAGAGAUUGUGUGUGUGAAUCGACACACAGACCAGGACGUCCACGAGAGGAGGUGUGACUCCGCAACCAAACCUGCGCCGGAGGAGGAACCGUGUAACGUUCAUCCCUGUCCACCAUUCUGGGAUAUGGGCGUGUGGUCCGAGUGCAGUGUUUCCUGCGGCUGGGGUGUGCAGCAGCGUCACAUACAGUGCAGGCAGAGUUUUGGGAAUCGCUCCACCAUGGUUCACCCUCAGCGCUGCGCCAGUCUCACCCGCCCCAACGCCACGCAGCCCUGCCACCCGCGCGUCUGCUCGCACUGGGAGAUCAGCACCAACUGGAGCACGUGCUCAGUGGAUUGUGGAGUGGGGAAGAUAUCCCGGAGCGUGCGCUGUGUCAGUGACCAUGGCAACACUGUGAAUGACAGGGAGUGCAGUGACAGGCUCCGCCCACAGCGCACUGAGGACUGUCACAUGGGUCCUUGUGUCACUAACUGGUACUUCACAGAUUGGACAAACACUUGCUCUGCGACGUGCGGGCCGGGCAUCCAACGGAGAGAGGUGGUGUGUUUGACCGGCGGAGGCAGGAGAGAAGGAGACAGAGGAGUGGAGUGUGGGGGCGAGAAACCGGCUGAUAUGAAGGCCUGUAACGGGGGCCCCUGUACACCCACCCACCUCUGGUACACCGGACCCUGGGGACAGUGUAACACAGCGUGUGGAAACGGCACCCAGCGCAGGGACAUCAUCUGCGUGAGGAAGACAGGAAGUGACUUCACCGUGAGCGCCGCCAGUGAGUGCUCACACCUGGAGAAACCGUCUCCGGUGCAGCCGUGUGAACUGCAGCCCUGCAAACCGCAGUGGUUCACCACCGAGUGGAGCACGUGCUCUCGGUCCUGCGGUGAAGGGGUGCAGACGCGGGAGGUGCGGUGUCUCACAGCUGACAAACAGCACAACACAGCCUGCGAUCUGGACUCCAAACCUGCCCACGAGCGCACCUGCAACACCAUACCCUGCAGUCCCUUCGAAGAUGAGAACUGUAAGGACAGACGGCAUAACUGCGUAAUGGUGGUCCAGGCUCGACUCUGCGUCUACUCCUACUAUAAGACCGCCUGCUGUGCGUCCUGCACCCAGAGUGCUCAGCGGGCCAAAAGACAUUAACCCUGCACAAGCCACAGAGAAGUCAGGUUCAGGUCCAGGAGAGAAUUCCGACUUGAACUGAGCUGAGAUCAGGAUCCCUUUAAAGUGAAAGUUUUAAAAUGUUAUCGCAUAUGGGCUCAUAGGCUCAAAUGAUUCACGGUAGCUCUUUCCCCAUUGAUGACGAGUCGGCGGCAGUGCUAGGGCUGUUUAGUACACUAUACUGUCAAAUACUAAUCCAUUCCUUAAAUGAUCUUUAAACAAAUGCACUGACAUCGCAGGUCCACAUUCUGGACACGUAUAUGAAGAUAUUGUUAAGUGGGAACAAUUCUAGAAGUUGCUUUUGUGCUUUCGUCACACAUGAAGUGUUUCAUAACGGUUUCUUUUUAAUUGCAAUGGAUACAGAAUCUGGUAUUUGAACCAGUAUUCUGUCUCAUUUAUUCAGUUUAUGAGUUGUGCGACCAAAGUAUGAUAAAACAGAUGACAAGCAUCAAUUACACACCUAAUGUGCGUCCUUCACUCCUAAUUAUGUUGUAUUGGCACUAAAAACCUACUGUUGAAAAAGUUGAAAAAGAGAGACAAAUAUUACAUUUUCCAAUUAAAAUCAUGAACAUGCAUCAUAAUUACUGCAUAAAAGUGAUAGAUUCUUAUGCAAACAUUGAUUCUCCCCUCAAAAAUAGUCCCUUUGGCCUUGUCUCAGUUCCCUAAAUGGUCCUUAAAAUAUCAGUACUUCAGCAAGAACAUGAAUGCUACAACAUAAGUGCUCACGGCUGUCUUAAAAUAGCACACUUAGUGCUGACAGUCAGUCCCACAGAUCGUAUUUGAGUGCAGUGUGAACAGAGAUCUGGAAAUCUACUAUGAAUCUAGUACAUUAAGCUAUUACGAGAAGAGGAGCAUCAUGAUCAGCUCUCUGUAUUUGAUUCACUCUUUAUUCUUUAGGUUGGUUUUAUCUGAAUGUAUAUCAGUUGUUUUGGUGUUUCGUGUUUUUGUCAUUUUGUGUGUGACAUGUUUUUGUUUGUGUGUUUUGGCUUUGUUAUUUCUGGCUGUUUUUAUUGGUUGCCCUCAAUGUAAGUUAAAGGAAUAGUUCACCCAAAAAUCAAAAUUUGCUGAAAAUGUGACCAGCCUCAGGCCAUCC